UUUUUUUUUAAAGCAUUUAAUUUCUAAUCUUGCCAUUUAAACACUUGUAAACAUCAGUUAAUAUUUGUGAAACACUAAUCGAUCGUAAUAAUAAUUUUCGAAGAAUCUUUAAUUUUAAAACAUAAAAUAAUAAUUCAAUACUAAGAAAAGAAUAAUGUUGUUAAAAUAAUAAUUUUCUUAUUUUCUUUUUUCGAAUUCGCAUGUUAUGGUGGCGCUUGAAAAUGAGACGGGCAAGAAAAGACAAUCCUACAAGUUUGAAGGCCCCAAACUUUCCUACCUAUAAUUCUAUAAAUGAGAAACAAACCCAAACGCUCUGCUUCCAUGUGCAGAAUUUAAGAUCACUCCCUCUGUUCUUGGGGGAGACGCAGCGAUGGCGUCCUGGAAUUCAAUACCUCUGGAAAUCGCAUACCAGGUUUUGGGAUGGAUCGCCUUCGUCUCCUGGUCCAUCAGUUUCUACCCUCAACUCAUCAUGAAUUUCCGAAGGAAAAGCGUUGUGGGAUUGAAUUUCGAUUUCGUGGUUCUGAACCUGACGAAGCACUCCUCGUACCUCAUCUACAACGCCGUCCUCUAUUUCAGCGCUGCCGUCCAGAAGCAGUAUCGUCAGAAGUAUGGCCUUCGAGAGAUGAUUCCGGUUGCUGCAAACGAUGUUGCUUUUUCAGCACAUGCUGUUCUUCUUACAGCAUUUACCUUGUUCCAAAUUGCCAUCUAUGAUCGCGGAAAUCAGAAGGUUUCAAAGAUUGCUCUUGCAAUUGUUUCUGUUGCAUGGUUGGCUGCUGCAAUUUGUGUGUUCGUAGCCUUGCCAAAGCAUUCUUGGCUUUGGCUAAUCUCUAUUUUCAACUCAAUUCAGGUUACUAUGACGGUCAUUAAGUAUAUUCCCCAGGCAAUUAUGAACUUUGCACGUAAAAGCACAGACGGUUUCAGCAUUGGCAAUAUUUUACUUGAUCUAUUUGGAGGAGUGACAACUUAUGGGCAGAUGGCUGUGCAGUCAAUUGACCAAGAUUCCUGGGUAAAUUUUUAUGGAAAUAUUGGGAAGACAUUGCUAUCAUUGGUUUCCAUUUUCUUUGAUCUUAUCUUCAUUUGUCAACAUUACGUGCUAUAUCCGAAGAAAAGAACGAGAACCCUUGAUCGUCACAGUGACAAGACAGAACCACUUACUAAGCCUGCAGAUCCUUCGCAAGCAGAGAAUCCAUAAGGCCUAGUUUGUCCCAAAAUAUAAUUUGCCUUUGUGAUAAGAUUGGAAGCGUGAAAAUCCCUCCAUAGCUAUUUGUCAAAGUUUCUGUUACUUUUACUUCUUGCAUACAAUAGCUAGGGCCAUUUUUUAAGAAGCAAAGUGAAGUAGCCAUGAAGCAUGAAUAUUGUGAUUACACUGCUGAAGUUCUUCUUCUCAUUUACACAGAAAUCAUCCAUGAUUAAGGAAAUAAUCUUUAUUUCA